UGUGUGGGUUUUAAAUUAUUUUUACACAUAAAUAUUUAUAUGAAACCAAAACAUCUGUACUUUGACUAUCUUUUGUCUAGUCAUCUCUAUAUCUUUGCCCUUAUAUUCGUUAUAACGUUUCCCACGUUUAUUUGCGAUAUUGUACCAAAAAAUGUAGUAUAUGCUAUAAAUUGUGGCGGCGAAGCUCAUGUAGAUUUAGAUGGUAUUCAGUAUAUGAAGGAUCCUAGCAAAGUUGGAAUAGAUUAUAUAUCAAAAAAGCCAAUUGAUAGAGUAAAUAAGCAUGAUGCCAUUUUAUACCAAUCAGAAAGAUAUCAUCAUUCAUCCUUUGGUUAUGAUAUACCUAUUAAAGAAGAUGGAGAUUAUGUUCUUGUUCUAAAAUUUAGUGAAAUAUAUUUUACUAAACCAUAUCAGAAGAUUUUUAACAUAUUACUGAAUGACGAAAACGUGGUAUCUGGGCUUGAUAUUUAUGACCGGGCUGGCUUCUGUAUAGCUCACGAUGAGAUAGUUCCCUUCACCAUAUCGCGCAACAAACUUCUAGUCAACGACAAACAAAUCGAUAUCGAUGGCUCUAUCACUCUAACAUUGGAGAAGACCAAAUACGAUAAUCCGAAACUCAACGCUUUUUACGUGAUGAAAGGAAAACCCGAAGACAUUCCACCUUUACCGCCCAUUUCGGAAGGCUCUUUGCGGGAAGACGAAGAGGAAGCGGAAGAACGGGAAGCGGACGAUGAUCGAGACGAAGUUGAUGAUGAUGACGACGACGACGAAGAAAACUUGGACGUUUCUCAUAUUACCAAUCUACACAAGAAGGAGGAUAGGGCCAGGAAGGAAAUCAUAGAAAGGGAAAAGAAUCGUAAACUGGAUUUGCUGAAAAGAUCUUCUAAAGGGAAUUCGCAGAAAGAGGAUGAAAGCUUUAGCCAAAACGAACCAGUUGUUAUAAACCCUUACGAUGAAGACAAUUCGAGUUUAGUGCUUCCAGUGGUUAUAUGUGUCGCAGCUUUCGUGCCCAUCCUAUUUUUCUUGUGCAAAAUUUAAAAAGCCCAUAAAUUAAUCAUUCCACACUCCCUCCUUUCGUCUAAAAAAAUUACUAAAUUUUCGGCCGAUAAAACGCGCUAAAACAAAAACUAAUCAGCUCCAAGUCGUAAUUUUUUUUAUAACUUAUUUUUUUUAUUUGUAUUAUUAUAUAUAUUAGCCUCAAUGUGUUAUAUUUUCAAUUUCAAAUCAUUUUUUUUAAUUUUCUGAUUUUAUCGGAAAUAUAUUCCAUGAUGUUUAUGACAAUUUUGCCAUUAAUCUUCGAGAUAAAUUUAUACAAAAAAUAUAUGGGAAAACAGAGAAAGUGUAAAAGAAGGGCAGUGAGGCUCUCGAGGGUUUGCAAUUUAAGUUUAAGUCAUCGCAAGAUUGUCUGAAAUUUAGAGGGUAGUAGGUUUUCCAAACAUAUUGGAAUUACAUUUCCGGUAAAAAUGGGAUUUUAAAUUUUUUAAAAAAAGGCGCUCAAAAAAUGAUUUAAUGUUUAAGAAAAUAACACGUUGACCUUAACAUAUAUUUAAAACGAGAACUAUUUUAAAAUAUCAAUUUAUCGGUUAUAGUAAAAAAAUAUUUGUACAAUUAAAUUUUUAGCAUAAUAAUAGUUAAUUUAAGCAUCUUAAUUUUUUUUGUUUAUAACAAAUUCGGGAAAUUUUGGCAUUUCUUUCAAUACUUUUAGUAUCCAAUAAACAAAUAUUAUUUAUAAAAUAAUUUAUAUAUUUAUAAGCCCCUAGGCUUGAUUUAAUUAAAAUCGUUUUUAUUGUUAUUUCAAUAAAAUAUAUAAUAGGUAAGUGAAAAACUAAAAAAGGCAAAUUUUUUUAUAAUAUUUAUUCAUUAUAUACGAAAUUAAUUUCAUUUUAACUAAAAGGGAUAUAUUUUUUUGAUUUUGUAAAUAUAAAUAUUGACACUAAAAAAAUGACCUUAUUGUAAAAUCUAUUAUAUGUAUACGAUACUUUAUGUAAUUGUUGUAAAAUUAAUUUUUAUAUUUGAAAAAUAGUUAUUAUUACUACUAUCGAUAUU